CACACCAACCACAGUGCCAAAGACUAAAAACAAAGCUAGAGAAGAAGCCGUGGUCUUCAUCUGUGUGUGGUUUUCACACUGCGGGAAAAUAUGGAUCCAGACGCCUUCUCAGCGAGCUUCUUCAAGUGGGACCUACGAGGCAUGGUUGUUCCGCCGAGUCGGGCUCAGCUAGAAGCCGCCGUGACGCCUCAAGCUGCGGCUGCGGCUUACGCUGCCGUGAGGCCCCCGAGAGAGCUCGGAGGGCUUGAGGACUUAUUCCAGGCUUAUGGGGUCAGAUACUACACGGCAGCGAAGAUAGCCGAGCUCGGCUUUACUGUCAACACCCUUUUGGAUAUGAGGGACGGUGAGCUUGACGACAUGAUGAGUAGCCUCUCUCAGAUAUUCAGGUGGGAUUUGCUUGUGGGUGAGAGGUACGGUAUCAAAGCCGCCGUCAGAGCAGAGCGUCGCCCCCCCCGUGCCGCGGCCGCCCUAGAUGCUCUCUCCCAAGAAGGGUUGUCGGAGGAGCCGGUGCAACAAGAGAAGGAGAUGGUGGGGAGCGGCGGAGGGGCCGCGUGGGAAGUGGUGGCGGCGGCGGGGGAGAAGCGGAAGAAGCAGCGAAGGACGAGGAAGGGGCAAUAUAGGAAUUUCAAUGGCAUCGGAGGGGGGCAUAAUAAUGAUCAUAAUGAGGGUGUGGACAACGAGGAUGACAACGACAUGGACGACAUGAAUGGGCACGGGAACGGUGCAGGAAGGGGGUUGCUGAGCGAGAGGCAGAGGGAGCACCCGUUCAUUGUGACUGAGCCUGGGGAGGUGGCACGUGGCAAAAAGAACGGCCUAGAUUACCUCUUCCAUCUCUACGAGCAGUGCCGUGAUUUCUUGAUCCAGGUCCAAAACAUUGCAAAGGAUCGCGGUGAAAAAUGUCCAACCAAGGUAACAAACCAAGUGUUUAGGUUUGCAAAAAAGGCAGGGGCAAGCUACAUCAACAAGCCCAAGAUGCGACACUACGUGCAUUGCUAUGCGCUGCAUUGCUUGGACGAGGAGGCCUCCAAUGCACUGAGGAGAGUUUUUAAGGAGAGAGGCGAAAAUGUGGGGGCCUGGAGACAGGCAUGUUACAAGCCUCUUGUGGCCAUUGCAGCAGGCCAAGGCUGGGACAUUGAUGCCAUCUUCAAUUCUCAUCCCCGACUCUCCAUUUGGUAUGUUCCCACCAAGCUCCGUCAGCUUUGUCACACCGAGCGCAACAAUGCCACAGCCUCUAGCUCUGCCUCCGGUGGUGGUGGCGGUGAUCACCUACCCUACUGAUCAGAGUGCAUGCCCCUCAAUAUGAGCUUGAAGAAAGAGAGAAUUUGAGGAAAUGAACUAGUGCGUUUUAUGUACUUUAGGUUAGAACUUAGAACGGAGACAGUUAUAUGGAUGAGUCUUAUUUAGGAUCUUUAUGUUAUGAUGUUUCAAAAGUUAGCUAUAUUUAACUGUUUUUACUAAUCUACCACUGAUAAAAAUCUAAUCUGCU